UGCUAGUGCCGGCAUUAACGGAGAAGAGAAGAGUCCCUGGGUGAAGUAUACAACCGGGAUAUUCAAGCGAAUAAAUGCCACCAAGUAUGACUGAGAGCUCGGCGAAUAAGUUGAUAAAUGGAGAUGUUUGCCACCGGACCGCAAACGGUAAAAAAUCUUCGGGAAGGAACGGUUUCGUGAAGAAUCAUUGUUUGUUCCAACAACCGCAACAGAAGAAGUAUCGGCGCCCGAGUGAGAAGAACAACCAUGUUGUUCGUAACGCCAGCCUGUACAACAAGCUGUUUGUGGAGCAGUUUGAGGAGACUCCUCUGCUUGUGGCGGUUCUCACCUACGUGGGCUACGGCAUCCUCACCAUCUUCGGGUACCUCAGAGACUUCCUGCGGAACUGGGGCGUCGAGAAAUGCCACGUGGCCAGAGAGAGGGACGAACAGAAGGACUUUGUUCCGCUGUACCAGGACUUUGAGAACUUCUACACCAGGAAUCUAUACAUGCGUAUCCGUGACAACUGGAACAGGCCUAUCUGCAGUGUCCCUGGAGCCAAGAUGGACCUGGUGGAGAGAACCUCCAAAGACUACAACUGGACCUUCGAACACACAGGCAAGGUGGUGAAAGACGUGAUCAACAUGGGUUCUUAUAACUACCUGGGCUUUGCUGAGAACACUGGGAGGUGUGCUGACAGUGCCACAGGGUCGACACACAAGUACGGUGUGGGAGUGGGCAGCACCCGCUCUGAGAUGGGUAACCUGGACAUCCAUGAGGAGUUGGAGCAGUUGGUUGCUAGGUUCCUGGGGGUGGAGUCAUCCAUGGCGUUUGGGAUGGGCUUCGCUACAAACUCCAUGAACAUUCCUGCUCUCGCUGGGAAGGGCUGUUUGAUUCUGAGUGAUGAGUUGAACCAUGCCUCUCUGGUGCUGGGGGCGCGCCUCUCUGGCGCCACCGUCCGCGUCUUCAAACACAACAAUAUGGUGAGUCUAGAGAAGCUGUUGAGAGAUGCCAUUGUUCACGGCCAGCCUAGAACACACAGGCCCUGGAAGAAGAUCCUCAUUCUGGUCGAGGGAAUCUACAGUAUGGAGGGCUCUAUAGUACGUCUGCCUGAGGUGAUAGCCCUGAAGAAGCAUUAUAAGGCCUAUCUGUACCUGGAUGAGGCCCAUAGCAUCGGAGCUCUCGGACCACGAGGUGGAGGGGUGGUGGACUACUUUGGUCUGGACCCCAAAGACGUUGACAUCAUGAUGGGAACAUUCACGAAGAGCUUUGGUGCUGCUGGAGGGUACAUCGGAGGGAAGAGGGAGUUGAUAGAAUACCUGCGGUCCCACUCCCACAGUUCAAUCUAUGCCACGGCCAUGUCCCCUCCCGUGUCACAACAGAUCAUCACCUCUAUGAAGAUCAUCAUGGGAGAGGACGACACCACUCUGGGGGCGGAGCGUCUAAAGCAGUUGUCAGAAAAUACCAUAUACUUCAGAAGGAAACUCCGAGAGAUGGGAUUCAUCAUCUACGGAAACAAUGACUCUCCUGUCGUACCCAUGAUGCUCUACAUGCCCGCCAAAAUAGGGGCGUUUGGCAGGGAGAUGCUGAAGAGGAACAUUGGGACGGUGGUGGUUGGCUUCCCUGCCACACCCAUCAUAGAGUCCAGGGCCAGGUUCUGUGUGUCUGCCGCACACACCAGGGACAUGCUGGACACGGCAUUGGAGGCCAUCGGUGAGGUUGGGGAUGUGUUGCAGCUGAAGUACUCCAGACAUCAGGAUUUCCCCUCCUCCCUGGGUCCAUGGUCCUCUGCGGAGAGUCUGCUCCUGGAGCCCAGCCACGUCAAGUCUUCUUGUCAUAUAACUAACUGAACCAGCUACACCAGGCAUACUUGCACGUUUGUUUGUUUUUGCACUUACCUGGUGCACCGGCUCUAAAUCAGUCCCUGACUAAAGAAUGAAAAUGUAGAAGUGGAACUUAGUGGAUUUGAGUAUCUCUUGACCUACACUACAGUGGGGCAGGGAUAAAAAAGGCACCAAGGUCCUAUCGUGUGUGUUCGUUUCGAAGUGUGUAAGCCCCUAUCGUUGUCUUAAUGUAUCUUAACUUAUUGUUAAUUCAUUUCUUUGUGUUGGACCUAAAUGCUGAAUCCUUUUUCCGUGUGCACACUGCAUUCUGGGGGCUUCUAGUGCAAUAAUAACAAGAUGGGGAGGAAGAGUAGAACAAGACAUGGAUUUCUAUUGCCAUUCAAAUAUACAAUUUGUUUGGUUGUACCAAUGGAGUUAAUGAAUCAGAGAAAUGGAAUCCCUAGAACCGGGAUCUACAUUUUGUUCUAGGGAUUAUAUUUCUAGGAUAACAGCAGAAGUUAUAAUGCAAGAAAGAAGUAAAUAAAUAAUAUAUAUCAUUCAUGACUAGUAGGGCAACAUAUAGGCUUCAUAUCAAAUGAGGUACAUCGUCAAGUGUAGCUUAUUUUAUAUUAAACUUUCAACUCUGA